CAGCGGCCCGCGGCGCCUCGCGUAAUUAAACUGAAUUCCCUUGGUAACAUUCAUCUUCUGUGCGCUCCAGCUGCAUCGGCGCACCGUCUCGAGGAGAUAGCAGGGUCAGGGAGCUUGGCCAGGGACACGGUGCCUGGAGAAAUUAAGACUAACGGAGGAGCCGAGAUUAGGAUCGACUCCCUUAGCCAUGUUGGCUGCAACUUGUAACAAGAUUGGAACUCCAAGUCCGUCGCCCUCUUCGAUAUCAGAUAACUCAGCUGCCUUUGGAAAAGGUUUUCAUCCAUGGAAAAGAGCUUCUGCGAGCAGCUGCAGUUUGGGCUCAGGCUUAUCCACGUUUGGGGUGACCCGCAGUGGCUCAGGACUCUCGGACUCAUUCGGAAGCAACAGUUCCAGUGGAUCCAGUGCUUUUUCAUUAACACCUGGAACCUCCACCAAUGCGCACUUUGGAAACGACUACUCUGUUUUUCAGGCAUCAGUUUCAAACAGUUCGCAGGAGGGGGGGCACCAGCCGGUGUUUAUUUCCAAAGUGCAUACUUCAGUGGACAGUCUGCAAGGUAUCUAUCCGAGAAUGAGUGUAACACAUCCGUACGAGUCUUGGUUCAAGUCAUCCCACCCUGGCAUUCCGACUGGAGACGUGGGCACUACGGGUGCUUCCGCAUGGUGGGAUGUCGGAGCAGGAUGGAUUGAUGUCCAGAAUCCAAACGGGACCACCCUACAGUCUUCCUUGCAUUCGGGGGGACUUCAGACAUCAUUGCAUUCGCCUCUGGGGGGCUACAAUUCGGACUACUCCAGUUUAAGUCACUCAGCUUUUAGCACAAGUGCAUCUCCUCAUUUGUUGACCACUAGUCAGCAUCUGAUGGACGGCUUCAAACCAGUCCUCUCUUCAUACCCCGAUUCAAGCCCAUCUCCUCUUGGUGGUGCAGGUGGCACCAUGUUGACUGGAGGGCCAGCGGCAUCACUGGCGGGGUCCCCGCGUUCCUCAGCGCGACGUUACUCAGGCAGAGCCACUUGUGAUUGCCCUAACUGUCAGGAGGCAGAGAGACUGGGACCUGCAGGGGCGAGUCUGCGGCGCAAAGGACUUCACAGCUGUCAUAUCCCAGGUUGCGGGAAAGUAUAUGGUAAAACGUCUCACCUGAAGGCUCAUUUACGCUGGCAUACAGGAGAGAGACCGUUUGUUUGUAAUUGGCUGUUUUGUGGAAAGAGGUUCACGAGGUCAGAUGAACUUCAGAGACACUUGCGCACACACACCGGCGAGAAACGCUUUGCUUGCCCCGUCUGCAACAAGCGCUUCAUGCGGAGCGACCAUCUCAGCAAACACGUCAAAACGCAUAGUGCAGGAGGCUCCGUGGGAUCAGGAUCAGGUGGUAGCGGGGGCAAACGGGGAAGUGACACCGACAGCGAACAUAGCACCCCUGGUAGUCCUCCCUGUCAUUCUCCCGACCUGCUGCCACCUCCUGAUUCCACUCAAACAGCAGGCAUAAAUGGUCUCAGUAACUCUUUGGACUGAGUUAGAUUUUACGUAGCCUACUCUUUGGUGGCAUAUGGACAUUACAUUUUCCAUAAACUAUUCGGAUGCACUCUGUUAGGUAAAUUGAUCCGGUCUGAUCUCAUUUGAUUGGGUUUAUGAGGAAAGGACUGAAUCACACUUGUAUCGACGACAAAGACAACGGGCACUAUAUGCCCUUAAAGUAUACUUUAUAAAGACUACAUUACUUAGUAAAACAAAAAUUACUUAGUAAAACAAAAAAAUACAGGCACAAAUUAACAUUACCAAUAGCCUAAUGUAUGGCCUGCAUUUGAACGCACAGUGGUUACAUGCAGGGCAAGUCUGUUUUUGUUACUCUGCUCUGAUAUUAAAUGAAGAGUCAAAAUACUAAUAACCUGUAAGUGUUUAUGGCCUGCAGUGGCCUGCCGAGUUAAUGAGAACAAUGUUUUCUUAAAUCCAAACUGUGGCACUUUAUACUGGAACCCUGCGUGACGUACGUGUGCCUUUUCAUGGGCAAUUUGUAAGAACUUGUAUGUUGUGUUUUGUAGUUUUCAUUUCGUCAUCUACUCUCUUUUGUUUAAUAUUUGAGAGACAAAAACAUAUAUCACAAAUUGGUCUUUAUUCUACCAGAGAGCUUGAUCAAGUUUGUAUGAGAUAUAUUGCAGUGUAUAUAAUGCAAUAGCUUAGCAAGUUAUUACAUGCAGGUAUAUGUGACAUAUUUGUCCAGGAAACCCCUUUUGUAUAGUAAAAUUUUAGAUGUAAAUUUAUUCUAGUAAAUAUCUAAAACUCUGUCGGAGUGAAAUUUGCUUUUGUUUUUCAUCCGUGAUUGCCAUAUUUGCCUACACGUCAGCUGGAGUUGUAAUAUUUAUCGAAGAGGCAGGCUCGUUUUCUGAUGUGUGUCAGAGACGCACUUUGAAUUUAUUUGGUAUAUUUUAGAAAUAAACAUGUUUAGUGAUUCAUGGCGUUUAUAUUUAAGCAUGUACAUAUUUGUAAAGUGAGCAUUAAUUCCAUUGACACAUUCCUAGAUUGGGGCUCAAAA